AUGAAUGCAGCCGCAGCACAAGAGGCUCCUUCAGCCGACGAGCUUCGCCUGGCUCCUCGCGACCGCUUUGUCAAUUUUGUACGGGACACGCUGCGAACGACACAAGUCUCGACCUCGGUCCUCAUCCUCGCCCUCCUCUACAUUCGUCGCCUUAAGCUGCUCCACCCACGCCUUCGAGGCCAAGAUGGCUCCGAGUAUCGUCUCUGCGUCACGGCUCUCAUGCUCGGCAACAAGUUCCUCGACGACCACACGUACACCAACAAGACAUGGUCGGACAUCAGCGGCAUCCCGCUCAAGGACGUCACCAAGAUGGAGAUUGAGUUCUGGCUGGGUCUGCAGAUGCGGAUUCACGUCACCAAGGCAGAAUACGAAGAGUGGCAGCAGGCCUUGGAGGAUCUAUACGAGCAGAGGAGACAAGCUUUGGCGAAGAGGGCGAGAGAC